CCGCGACGGAGCUCCCGGACCCGCCAUGGGCUGAGACACGUCCUUGCCGAGCAGAACAUGCCCGGGUGACUCUCUCCCCGAUCUUCCUGGUGGCCUUCCUCGCCCUUCCCAGUGACACUAUGCAACCCCAGCGAGACCCGCGAGGCCUCUGGCUCCUGCUGCUCUCCUUGUUCCUGCUCCUCUUUGAGGCGGCCAGGGCUGGCCGUCCUGUGGUUAGCUGUCCUGCUGCCUGCCUGUGUGCCAGCAACAUCCUCAGUUGCUCCAAGCAGCAGCUGCCCAACGUGCCGCACUCCUUACCCAGCUACACCGCACUGCUAGACCUCAGCCACAACAACCUGAGCCGCCUGCGGGCCGAGUGGACCCCCACGCGCCUGAUCCACCUGCAGUCCCUGCUGCUGAGCCACAACCACCUGAACUUCAUCUCCUCCGAGGCCUUUUCCCCCGUACCCAACCUGCGCUACCUGGACCUCUCUUCCAACCAGCUGCGCACACUGGACGAGUUCCUGUUCAGUGAACUGCAGGCCCUGGAGGUGCUACUGCUCUACAAUAACCACAUCGUGGCAGUGGACCGCUGCGCCUUCGACGACAUGGCCCAGCUGCAGAAACUCUACCUGAGCCAGAACCAGAUUUCCCGCUUCCCUUUGGAACUGGUCAAGGAAGGAGCCAAGCUCCCCAAACUCACCCUCCUGGAUCUCUCGUCCAACAAGCUCAAGAACUUACCGUUGCCCGACCUGCAGAAGCUGCCCGCGUGGAUCAAGAAUGGGCUGUACCUACAUAACAACCCCCUGCACUGCGACUGUGAGCUCUACCAGCUCUUUUCACACUGGCACUACCGGCAGCUGAGCUCCGUGAUGGACUUCCAGGAGGACCUGUACUGCAUGAGCUCCAAGAAGCUGCACAACGUCUUCAACCUGAGCUUCCUCAACUGCAGCGAGUACAAGGAGCAUGCCUGGGAAGCCCACCUGGGGGACACCUUGACCAUCAAGUGUGACACCAAACAGCAGGGGAUGACCAAGGUGUGGGUGACCCCAAGCAAUGAACGGGUGCUAGAUGAGGUGGCCAAUGGCACGGUGACGGUGUCCAAGGAUGGCAGUCUUCAUUUCCAGCAGGUGCGGGUUGAGGAUGGGGGUGUGUAUACCUGCUACGCCACAGGGGAGGCUUUCAACGAGACACUGUCUGUGGAGUUGAAAGUGUAUAAUUUCACCUUGCAUGGCCACCAUGACACCCUCAACACGGCCUAUACCACCCUAGUGGGCUGCAUCCUCAGUGUGGUCCUGGUCCUCAUAUACCUGUACCUUACCCCUUGCCGAUGCUGGUGCCGGGGUGUCGAGAAACCAUCCAGCCAUCAAGGAGACAGCCUCAGCUCUUCCAUGCUUAGCACCACCCCCAACCACGAUCCUAUGGCUGGUGGGGACAAGGACGAUGGUUUUGACCGGCGGGUAGCCUUCCUGGAACCUGCUGGUCCUGGGCAGGGUCAAAAUGGCAAGCUCAAGCCAGGCAACACCCUGCCAGUGCCUGAGGCAACCGGCAAGGGCCAGCGGAGGAUGUCGGAUCCGGAAUCGGUCAGCUCGGUCUUCUCUGAUACACCCAUUGUGGUGUGAGCAGGAUGGGUUGGUGGGGAGAUUCUGCCCCAGGAGAGGUAAUGCACCCCUGAAGGAUAUGAGGGGAUGGAAGAGCGGGCUGGCUGCCCAAGGGAGUGGGUUCCCCCUGACCUCAAGGGAAUUGGUCACGGGUACAAUAGCUGGCUCGACCUCAACCAGGGUGUGGCUGCCACGAUUUUCAAAUAGGGAUAUAUUAAUCCUCAGGCAAGUGCUACACCCUUACCCAAAGCCCUGGGAAUUCUCCAUGUGGUAGAGGAAAAGGAGCAUGUCUGAAUUGGGUGGGAAUGAGGAAGGGGUGGGGGGAAGAGCAGAUUCCCUAAACUUUUUCGAGGUCAUCCUUAGCUCCUUAAGAGAAAAUCAUUUGGGGAAAAAAAAAAUUUUUUUUUCUAUCUCUGCCCACCCACAUCUGUGACGUUGUGUGUGUUGGGGGGCGGGUCUUCCACAGGAGCCACACUGGGGAAGAGCUGUAGUAUCUUCUUUGGCCAGGAGGUCACACUUCACAGCUGGGGAAAUUGGAAACCUUGGGAAAAAUGAGUUAGGAAAAGGCUGAGACCUUAUUAAUGUUCCCUAAAGCUGAUGUGAUUUCCCACUAAGGCCUCUCUUUCGCGAUGAGUCCUGGAUGGACAGAUCUUUGCAGGAGUCUGGCCUGUUGCCUGUCAGAUAUGGCAACAAUGAGAGAUGCGGUAUCUGUGCCAGGGCCUGGAAUCAGUGGCACAGAGGGAUACAGCAUGAACCGAGGGGGUGGGGG